CGUUGCGUAAGCGUCUGGACGCCGAGGCACCGUUGCGUCAGUCGUUCGAAAGCUACUAAGCAUCGCGGUCCACACGAAAAGCGUCCGGGCCGAGAGAGAGCGAGAGAAAUAGCCGGCGCCGAGGCAAACCGAAGCGUGGCUUCAGUAAUUCGUACUCGCGAGAGGACGCCUGUACCGGGACGCCGAUUCAGCACGCGUGUGCGCCGAAACCCACCCCCCUGCACCCGACGUGUCGCUUUCUCACGUGCAGAUCCUACAGAUCGAGAGAUCAAGCUCGUCCUCUGACUAUUAGAAGCUGACUAAGUCCAGAUUCGAGUCCCGAGUUUCGGUCGACGAGUUUUCUCGAGUUCGCCAGCGGCGAGCCCUUCUGGUUGACGGUAGACAGCGUGGUCCCGUGCACGGCCGUUGGGAAACGCGUGCACUGUCAGCCCGCAUAGUGACGCCCGGUGAAGUCGCGAGGGAGACUUAUGAAGGGGUCCGUCAACGCACCGAGGCCCAUCGUUGAUCAGAACAGAUAUAUUUGGGAUAACGAUUGGAAGCAGUAGACGCUGACAAGAGUUGUUAAUUAAGAAUGCGCAAUGACACGGCGAAUUUAUCAGUGGACCGGAAACCCGCGCGAGAAGGCGCAGGGUAUGGAAAUGGAACCCCCCAAAACAAAUUCUCAUCGACAGGAAAAAAUAUUCUUGAAGUACACGCUCCAAGACGCGGAGAAGGAUAAAGAGGAAACUGAGUAUAUGCUACAAGAGAAUGGCAAACCGAUUGAGUUCGUGCCACCGCAAACGAAGGAGGACGACAAACCGGCCGCGCCGGAGCAAACGUUGCCACCAGUGCCUUACUUCAAACUCUUUCGAUUUGCAACAUGCGGGGAGCUGAUGCUGAUCGUCGGUGGCCUGAUCAUGGGAACCCUGACAGGCCUCUGCAUCCCCGUCUCGACGAUCCAGUACGGUGAAUUCACCACUCUGCUAGUAGAUCGUAACAUGGAGAAUAUCACUAGUACACCAACCCUUAUUAUGAAGUGGUUCGGAGGAGGAAAGGUCUUGGGACCGAACUCCACCUACGAGGAACGAAUGACUGCACUUUAUGACGACUCGGUAGCGUUCGGCGUGUCCUCGGCGGCGCUGUCCUGCCUUCAAUUCGUCUUCGCCGUGUUCACCGUAGAUUUCCUGAACGUCGCGGCUUCCAGGCAGAUUGUCAGGGUGAGGCAAAUGUUCUUGCGCUCCGUUCUCAGACAGGACAUGACAUGGUACGACAUCAACACGUCGACUAACUUCGCCAGCAGGAUUACCGAGGACUUGGACAAGAUGAAGGACGGUAUCGGCGAGAAGCUCGGGGUCUUCACGUACCUAAUGGUCUCCUUCAUUUCCUCCAUCAUUAUAUCGUUCGUUUACGGGUGGAAAUUGACGCUGGUGGUGCUCAGUUGCGCGCCGAUUAUCGUGAUAGCCACCGCGGUCGUGGCGAAGGUGCAGAGCUCCCUGACCGCGCAGGAAUUGAACGCGUACGGCCAGGCCGGAAACGUCGCGGAGGAAGUGCUAGGCGCCAUUAGGACAGUGAUCGCCUUCAAUGGCGAACAAAAGGAGGUGGACAGAUACGCGGAGAAGCUGGUGCCCGCCGAGAGGACCGGUACCAGGCGUGGAAUGUGGUCCGGCGUUGGCGGCGGUGUCAUGUGGUUCAUCAUCUACAUCAGCUACGCUAUUGCCUUCUGGUACGGUGUCCAGCUGAUUCUGGAAGACAGACCCAAGGACGAGAAGGAAUACACGCCCGCCGUGCUGGUGAUCGUGUUCUUCGGCGUGUUGGCCGGUGCUCAGAACAUGGGUCUGACGUCGCCGCAUCUCGAAGCGUUCGCGGUCGCCAGGGGUUCGGCCGCGGCGAUUUUCCAGGUGCUCGAUCGCACGCCGGCGAUCGACAGCCUCAGCAAGGACGGCCAGAGGCUGCCGUCCGUCACCGGCGAGAUCGAGUUUAAGGGCGUGCAUUUCCAGUACCCCGCCAGAAAGGACGUGAAGGUGCUGCAAGGCUUGAAUCUCAAGAUCAAUCACGGUGAAACGGUGGCGUUGGUCGGCGGGUCGGGGUGCGGCAAGUCGACCUGUCUGCAGCUCAUCCAACGUCUCUAUGACCCCUUUAAAGGACAAGUUCUUCUGGACGGCGUGGAGAUAUCGAAGCUGAACGUCCAGUGGCUCCGCUCGCACAUAGGCGUGGUCGGCCAGGAACCGGUGCUCUUUGACACGACGAUACGAGAGAAUAUCCGGUACGGAAAUGACAGCAUUACCGAGGAGGAGAUGAUCAAAGCCGCGAAGGAAGCGAACGCUCACGACUUCAUCAGCAAACUGCCCGAGGGUUACGACAGCCCCGUAGGAGAAAGGGGAUCGCAACUUUCCGGCGGUCAGAAGCAGAGGAUCGCCAUUGCGCGUGCCUUGGUCAGAAGGCCAGCCAUACUAUUGCUGGACGAAGCCACUUCCGCGUUGGAUCUUCACAGCGAGGCGACCGUGCAAAGAGCUUUGGACGCCGCGUCAAAGGGUAGGACGACCAUUGUCGUCACUCACCGAUUGUCCACGAUCACAAACGCCGACAGGAUAGUAUUUAUUAAGGAGGGACAAGUGGUCGAGCAAGGUACCCACGAAGAGCUGCUCGCGCUUGGGAAACACUACUACGGCCUGGUUUCCGCUGACGCCAGCGCCACUGCCAGAGCAAAAGCAACAGCAUCAGCAGCGAAAACGGUCACGGCGGCCAUACCGAAGCAGAAGCCGCCAUUGAAGCGGCAAUUCUCCACUCUGUCGAUGCACUCUCAUCGUCUGUCAUUGGCUGGCGCGUCGGAGACCUCCGUCAAUCAGUUGGAAGAGCACGAGAAACAAUACGAUGCGCCGAUGAUGAGGAUAUUCGGGCUGAACAAGCCGGAAUGGCCUUUCAAUAUAAUCGGUUGUCUGGCAGCAGCGAUGGUGGGAGCGUCUUUCCCAGCGUUCGCCGUGCUGUUCGGCGAGGUGUACGGCGUGCUGGGUCUGCUAGACGAGGACGAGGUGCGCCGGCAGACCGUGAAGUUCUCGAUCCUCUUCCUGAUAGUCGGCGUGGUGACCGGCGUGGGCACGUUCCUGCAAAUGUACAUGUUCGGUUUGGCCGGUGUCCGGAUGACGACGAGGAUCAGAAGGAUGGCGUUCACCGCGAUGCUGAAGCAGGAGAUGGGCUGGUACGACGAGGACACCAACAGCGUGGGCGCGUUGUGCGCCAGACUGUCCUCGGACGCUGGCGCGGUGCAGGGAGCGACGGGCACGCGUAUCGGCGCCAUCUUGCAGGCGUUGUCCACGCUGGUCCUGGGCAUCGGGCUGUCCAUGUACUUCACUUGGAAGAUGACGCUGGUCUCGGUGGUGUCCAUCCCGCUGGUGCUGGGCGCGGUGUUCUUCGAGGCGAGAGUGAUGAGCGGCCAGGGCCUGCAGGAGAAGAAGAAGAUGGAGGCGGCCACGAGGAUCGCCAUCGAGGCCAUCUCGAACAUACGGACCGUGGCCAGCCUGGGGAAGGAGGAGGCGUUCCUGCAGCGAUACUGCGUGGAACUGGACCACGUCGCUAAGGCGACCAGGAUCAGGAACAGGCUCAGGGGACUGGUGUUCUCGUGCGGGCAGACUACCCCGUUCUUCGGGUACGCGCUGAGUCUGUACUACGGCGGCGCGCUGGUGGCCACCGAGGGCCUGAACUACGAGGACGUGAUCAAGGUCUCCGAGGCGUUGAUCUUCGGCUCGUGGAUGCUGGGACAGGCUCUCGCCUUUGCGCCCAAUUUCAACACCGCCAAGAUAUCCGCUGGGAGGAUAUUCCAGCUGCUCGACAGGGUGCCGGAGAUCACCUCGCCGCCGGACUCGGAAGAUAAAGAUCUGGAUUGGAAAGCGGAAGGUCUGAUCCAAUUCUCGAAAGUGGAGUUCCACUAUCCGACGCGGUCGGAGAUGCCGAUUCUGCAGGGGUUGAAUUUGAUCGUGAAGCCGGGUCAGAUGGUCGCGUUGGUCGGUCAAAGUGGAUGCGGCAAGUCGACCUGCAUCCAGCUACUGCAACGGUUGUACGAUCCGAUCUCUGGCACGGUGACGAUGGACCGCCGUGACAUCUCGUCGGUCUCUUUGCGCAAUCUGCGCUGCCAGCUCGGCGUUGUCGGCCAGGAACCGGUCCUCUUCGAUAGGACGAUCGCUGAGAACAUCGCGUACGGCGACAACUCCCGUCAUGUGCCGAUGGAGGAGAUCAUGGAAGCCGCAAAGAAGUCGAACAUCCACAGCUUCGUCAGCUCUCUACCACUAGGGUACGAUACUAGGUUAGGAUCUAAAGGAACGCAGCUCUCCGGCGGGCAGAAGCAGCGUAUAGCGAUAGCUCGUGCACUGGUCAGGAAUCCACGGAUCCUGCUCCUGGACGAGGCCACUUCCGCGCUUGACACUCAAAGCGAGAAGGUCGUGCAGGCCGCCUUGGACAAGGCGAUGGAGGGCAGAACGUGCAUCACCAUUGCGCACCGUCUGGCCACAAUAAGGAACGCGGACGUGAUCUGCGUGCUGGAGAAGGGAACCGUCGCCGAGAUGGGUACUCACGACGAUCUAAUAGCGGCGGACGGCCUCUACGCUCAUCUCCACGCUCUCCAAGAGGCCGCGAUGGAGUAAAGCCGCCGGGGGCGGACGAGGCCGCGUCUCCAGGACGUUUCUCGGGCCGGCGGACACGCCGGAAACGAGCCAACGAGUCCGGCCGGCAGCCGCCGAACGGAUCGAGAAGAGUGAAACGCGUAUUACUCGGAAACAGUCGAACAUCCAGCGAGAAAGUCGAAGCUGCGGGGGUCGAACAUGUUCCUCGAGUGCUUAUUCUCCGGCUCUCCUUUGACACUGUUCCGUCUCGCGGGCUGGACACGGCAGAUCCUCGCGAUUUUUCUUCGUCUGCUCGUUUUCACGAGGCUCCUUUGACGAACGCUUUCAGAAAGGAACAGUCGAGCUGCUGCGCAAUAAAAUGCAAUUACCGGCGAUCGAACGGAUCUUUCUGGUCGGUUUCUACGAGCGGAGAGAGUUCGGAAUUUCAGUUCGAAAUUCGAUACGAAUAUUCAUUUUUACUUGUUUAUCUAGGAACUGAAGUUUAAUCAUUUGCGGACGAAGACUCUUUGAAAUAUAGAAAACCGUCGGCAGAUGAAGCUAAAUUAGAUAUCGAUUGCUUAGAUAAUUUGGGAAACUACACACUGAUCUGCUAUUUAGUAAAUCACUUGUUUGCGACUUCGCAAAUAUGAACAUCUCUCGCCAAAAUGUCGACGUUCGUCCGCAAAGGGUUAGUCUCGAUUCGUUAAUACGGAAACAUUUAAGAGAUUCGAAGAGUUCGGUUUAUCUUCGUUUUCUCGAUUUUCGAGAAACGCAGGAACGAUCCGCGAUUCGCUUGUAAUAUUCACAGCAGUCACUGUAUGAACUUCCUGUUGGAUUUUAUUGUGCAGCCUCAGACCUGCCGCGCAGCGAACUCGAAUCCCAUUAGCAGUCCCCGUUGUUUUCGUUCGUUUUGUAGACGUGGACGGAACUCACCUCCCCGCAGGCCAAUUUCCGUUCCGAAACCGGAAACUGUUGGCUCGCCCGGCCAUCGAAGCCGCAAAUCCUGUCGGCGACACGUCGAAUCGUUAUCCGCUUCCCUCGCCCCCCCUUCCCGACAACUUUCACGCGGCCGAUACGCGGCCCCGCUCGUCCCGAACGAGAAAACGUGUCGCUUUCUGCUCCGAAUGGACACCGCCGCGCGCGUCUCGCUUGCACCGGGACCUCUGUCCGCGACGCCGGUUUUCACGGUUCGCAGUUUUACACGAUCCCCGCGUUCCGCCGAUCUUGUCGAUUAUUUUCGAUCGACUCGCCGCCGAGAACACGGCGCUGUCGCGAGUGAAUACCUCGGUGAUGCUGGAGUGACGUCUCGCUGAAAGGGAUAUCAGUGCGCGGAUAUGCGACGGGUGAAACGCAACGAUGGAAGAUUUUCACGGAUUUUCGAAGCAUCUCUUAAGAAUAUUAUUAUAUUCAAGAUUGAUAUUUCAUCGCAGAAUUUCGCGUUGCAGAGUUCUCUAACACUAAAAUUACCAAGCAGAUAAAUUGACAUUUUGAAAUUUGUGUAUAGAAACUAUGACAGUGCGGCUAUUGAAAUUUUAAAUGAUUUAAAAUUCAGUUAUUACUAAAAUAAUUUCUCUAGUAAUUUCUCAGAAAAACAUUUAUCUUUUUAAUAAUUGCAAGAGGAAGGAAUCAGGGGUCAUUUUGACCCGUCUGGUAGUUUUAGUGUUAUACAUUUCUCCAUUAUGCCGGAUAAGAGUUUCAGAAAUUUAUCAAAGUGUCGAUAGAUAAAGAGAGCAAUUCGAGCGACAGUAUUCUAAACAGCAGCUUCAUUCGCGAAACGCGGGUCUAAAAAUCGAGAAUCCCCGAAUCGUGAAAGUGGCUAGUUCAAGAUCGAAAUCCCGGCCGUCUCAAUUGCCGAAGGUGCAAGCGGAUUAUACUUCCGGCAGAUGUCCAUAACCUCUAUAUUCUACACCCGAGAAAUCUACCGUUUCCCUGGUAACUGCCCUAACACUCGACAGACGUACAACCUUUGCCCUGUUCACCCCUAGCCUUCGACUUCUCGUUGCCACGAAGCUUCCGGAUCCUAAGAAAUCCGAUGGAUCCAUCGCGUGGAUCGUAAAUCCCUCGUUGCUCGUGCCUUAACGAUUUGCGUGCUUCGCGAACGAAGACGUGGGAGAAACGAUCAAAAUCAAGACGAGGAGAAAGAUGAAUAUAAUUAAUCUCGAGGUCACCUUGAGAUUAACGCGUUCCUCGCAAGCAUGCGACGUUGCCAGCGAACGUGUUGCUAUAUUAGGAAGGCCAGGAAGUCUUGCAUCUUUAUAUAAUCUCUAAAUAAUCUUUAAUAUUCGAAGAACGAUUUCGCUAUAUUGAAUAAUACCUCGGUAAAUACAUUACCUACUUCAUUAGAGACUUCUCCAUUAUCGUUCGGUUUACUUAUUCCCGAUACUUACUCGUGCAUCGCAAUGCGAGCAGAUCGAAGUACGAAAGAAUAAGACUGUUUGGCCAGCCUAAUGUAUUGAUUAUAUAAUAAAAACGAGAACAAGCUGUAAGAUAAACCGAGGAACGUUCGGGAGGUACGCGCGGCGACGUCGGACUCGGAAUUUCAAAUGAUCGGAUCCGAGCGCCGGCGAUCCGUCGGGAUCGAGAGCAGAGAAUGUCGCUGGAGGACGGAGGCGCGUCGGCCGCGAGCGCGAAAACGUUCGCGGAACUGUUCCCGGGAAACUGAUCCGCGGCCGGGGGCCGGAUUUCCGUUUCCGAGCUCCGCGACAGAUUCUUUCCCCGAACUUUGUGCCUUCACUUCGUACACUUUAGCCGUAAGAUUGCCCGCGAUGUGCUCGAGGCUUAUCAGCUUGAACGGUGAGAUGCUUGACAGUUUUAGCGUUUCGUAGAGCCUUUCUUCGACCUCCCUAACGGUUAUUGUAUCAUGGUGUCCAAUCGGCUCGCUGGUUUUUCUUUCGAAUUUCCUCCCGAUCUUGUCUUCUUUAGAAAUGAAUAUUAUCGUUUUAUUUUAUAUGGGUUAAUAGUGGCUUCUUAACAUCCGAAAAUGUUCGAUUCGAGAAUUGAGCUAAGACGAGAGAUCACAUGGAGAAUCCGUGGGAAACCAGUGGAACUUAUUGGACUACCUUCAUUCUGGAAUCCUAUUGCACUCCGAGGAUUUUGUUUUAAAUAUUUUCUAUUUCGACAGAUUUCCAUUGCCCCUUAGAUCGAGAAUGAUCGUUAGUAUCGUUGAUGGACUGCGGGUUUCGUGUAUUCGUUUUGGUUUAUUAGCACUAGAACUACCGGGUGCAUCAAUUCCUAGCUUCUUCUUCUAGAAUUACUGAAAAACUACAGAUACUCCUUUCAGAAAUCAUUAGAAACUGGUUUAAGUGCUCGGAUAAAAUUGGAAAGGAGGUAAAAUCAUCCUUUGUAGCUCUUGAAUGACUCCAGCGAGUCACUUCUAAUAUUUCAGAAUAUCAACACUAAAACUACCGAGCAAUUAGAGUGACUCAUUUCUAAGUUUCUAUAAAAAUCAACAAUAUUUUACAAUUCUUCACAAAAGCCUCAUAAUUUCAAUACUUACUAAACAUUCUAAAAUAAAUCCAUUUGAUCCGUCUGGUAGCGUUAGUGUGAAAUUCUAAGUUUCUAUACAAUUCUCUACAAAUCAACACGCAAAAGCGUACACAAAGAUCCGCAGUCCAGUCAUCGAGGAUCGCUUGCAAGCACGAGCGUCUUUCUUUCACUGUACUUAAACCGCCUCGAGACGCGAUCCCGGAGAAGGCCUCGAUCGUCUCCGGCUCGAUCGUCGAUCGAGCCGUGAAUCCAUUUAGCGCUUUGUACCGCCGACGACAAUACAAUGUAGCCGUAGACCCCCCUUGAUCCAGGAACAAGCGUUCGCGACCGGUAGCGUUUUACCGUUUGCUAAUCGUAGAAUUAAGUGCCCAGAAGACGGUCGACCGUGUCGCUCCCGUUCACCCGGUAGAUCACGGUCGCCGUCCGUUUUUCUUGCGUACUUAUCGCGACACCCGGAGCGACUCAAACACAGAGAAAAAGAGAACGAACAAGUACAAUCGUCACCCGCGACGAACAAACGCUGCGCCGACACUAGAACUACCGAGUAUUUAAUAUAAUUAACAUGUAACUCUUAUACAGAUUAUAAAAGUCUAUUUUUUCUUAA